AUGACUGUACUCAAUAGUCCAAAUAUUACUGAUAAGAGCGAGGAAUAUGAAAAAUUGAAACCUUUUGUGGGCAAUGGUUUGUUAACUGCUUUAGGUGAAGUUUAUUAUAAUUUUGUUAUACUUUAUAUUGGAAGACAUGCUAGUGGGAUGGAUAUAGCUGCACAGAGGAUCUUCAAAUUAUAUAAAAUUAAUCGGGAAUUGACAGAGGGAAAUUUAGAACCAAAGAUAAGGACACUUCUAGAUUUUUCAUUUGAAUUUUUGCACGAAAGGAGAAAAUAUUCGGAGAAAGAUGUCCGCGAUGAAAGGAAUACAAUAAUUAUAGCUGGAAGCGAAACUUCAGUAACAAUCACUAGCUUUGUACUUUUAAUGCUUGCUACAUUUUCGGAUAUUCAAUACAAAGUAUGUGAGGAAAUAAAUGAAAUUUACUGCUCGGACCAUCCGAAACGUAUUCCAAUAACAUAUAAUGAUAUUAAAAGUAUGAAACUUUUGGAACGUGUGAUCCAGGAAUCGUUAUGUCUUCGCAAUUCCAGUCAUCGCCCGGAGAUGAGAGAAGGUUGGACUAUACCGAAAGUUAGUUCAGCAGUGUUUCUCAUUUAUAAACUUCAUAGAAGCGCAAAAUAUUGGCCACGGCCAUUAGUAUUCGAUGCUGAUAGGUUCCUAUCGGGAAAGAAUUGUUCUACAUAUUUCUUUCCAUUUAGGUACGGUCGAAGAAUUUGCAUAGGUCAAAAUUUUGCUAUGCUAAAUAUGACAGUAAUCAACGUUAUACUGACAAGAAGAUUUCUAAUUAAAAUAAAUAAUCCGAUAGGAAUUGCAGAAAUAUUUUUAAAGGCCGUUCAACCAGACGUUUCGAGUGAUAUUAUUCAACGCACGCGACGAGAAAGUGAUCGAGUGAAGAUCUUAUCCAUCAAACAAUUAGAGCUAUUCAUUCAUUUCGCUCGUAACGUGUUGAUUUCAGCGAUAGGACAAAAUAUGGACUACAAAAUAAGGGAGAAACGCUAUCUCUACGUUGCGUCUUUGUAA